UCUGUUAACUACCGUCUAUGUGUAUUGUCGUGUCAAUACAGAGUUCUAAUGUGUUUUUAAAGUGUAUACAAAUACUAUAAAAUAUAAUAAUUUAUUCUACUUUUAUUGGACACCGUAGUUCAUAUUUCUACCACCAGUUCUAAUAUUAUCGCAUGCGUUAUAAUAAGCCGCUUAAAUAAAACUAUUUUACACUGCUAUUUAAAGUAUAAUAUAUUUUUUAUACUUAAUUACUCAUCUAUCCGUUGAAGGGUAAAGUCGUGUUUCGCGAGUUCGACUAUAGUGUUCAUCAGUUUUAACAUAACCAUGUUCUCAUGUAGUAUAUGCGAUAAGACCUUUACUAGGAUCUGCAGUCUACGCAGACAUGCCAAGUCACACGAUAUACAAAAUAAAAUUUCAUGCAGUAUAUGCUCAGAAAUAUUCACACGGAGAGACAACCUUAUCAGACAUAGCAAGGAAAAACAUCAAUCAAAUAUUGCAAUUCAACAAGAACCAACCAUAACCAAUCGAGAAAUUCAAGAUUUUUUUAAACCAGCUGAAAACAUUUACGAUUAUAAUGUUCCUUCGGCUUCAAAUCGCAAUGAUCUUAAGCGUGUACAUGCGGAAAAUUCGAACGAAGCAAAAAAUACAGAUAAUAUGAACAACUUCAGCGCAUUUUUAGUAUCAGCAAAAAAAGACUUAAUUCAAUUACUUAAAACAUCAUCGACAAAACACCCAAUUAAAUUUAACCUGAAAUUGGAAGCGACGUACAGCCGGCCAAACGUAGAGAAUUCAGCCGAGAACCGUGCAUUUAAAACUUCAGCCAGAGAAAUUUUUAUGGAUACGGAUAUCGACUCAAUAGUAGAACAAGCGUUCGAGUAUACAAUUACACACCUAUGGGUGCCGGGUGGCUCAUCAUACAUUCCAUUAUCAAAUUAUAUUAAGAAUAAAAAGGCAGUCAUCAAUCCCCAAAACUCGGACCAACAGUGCUUCAAGUGGGCAAUCUUAGCAAGACACGUUAUGGGCAAUAACAAAACUAUUGUAACUGAAAAUUAUACAUCGCUCGAGGACAAUUAUAAUUUUUCUGGUUUAUCAUUCCCGACACCCAUCACAGAAAUAAAAAUAUUUGAAAAAAAUAACCUGAACACGUCUGUCAACGUUUAUGGAUUAAAAAAAGAAAAUAAUAAGAAACAUAUGAUUUUCCCACUUAAAGUUGUGGAUGAAGAAAAAAAAGAUCAUUUCGAUCUUUUACUAAUUACUGUCGGAGAUAAAAACCACUACACAUACAUCUCUAAUUUUUCCCGGCUUAUUAGAUCACAAAAAACUGGACAUAACGACUCUGUUGUAUUUUGCAAACGUUGCUUCACAUCGUAUGAUAAUCGACCUUUGAAAAAUACACUAUGUGGGCAAGCAGCACUUGAUCAACAUAAAUUGAUAUGUGGGUCGCAUAAACCAAUUUUACCUCAGAUGCCUGAGCCCGGUUCAAUGUUGGAGUUUAGCGCAUGGAACAAAACACAACGCCACCCCAUAGUUAUUUAUGCCGACUUCGAGGCGCUUCUCGUUAAAUGUAACGAGAAAAAGGGAAAAAAUACUACUGUAAUUCAAAAUCAUGAGCCUAUGAGUUAUGGUUUUUUCGUAAAGGUCGAUGACCACAUACCAAAAGAACUGCUUGAAGAAUUUGAAAUACCAACAUCGCCAGUUAUAUACCGUGGAAGUAAUGAAAAUAAAGAGGUAGCAAAACAUUUUGUACAAAGUAUUGUGGAAAUAGCAGAAAAAAUAGACAAACUGCUCAAAACCAACACACCAAUUAUAAUGACACCGGAACAGCGACGCACACAUGAUGUAUGUACAACAUGUAAUUUAUGCAAAAAGGGAUUUUCCAAAGAAAACCAUAAAGUAGCUGAUCAUUGUCAUCUAUCAGGCAAAUUUAGACAAACUUUAUGUAAUUCAUGUAAUCUCAAGCUUCAACAACCAAAUUUCGUACCGGUUUUCUUUCACAAUUUAACCAACUAUGAU